AUGAGCUGAUCCACGGCUGUGCCAAGCAAGAUCCGAGAGAGAGAGAGAGAGAGAGAGAGAGAGAGAGAGGGGGGAAGAGGAGAGAGUGAGAGUGAGAGUGAGAGAGAGAGAGAGAUUGUGUAAAGACCGGCAGGAGGAGUGGGACUUGCUAUAAGGACACUAGCGACUCUUAAAUCCAGCAGCUGCUCUGUUUUUUACGCAGCAGAUUUGAAGAAACAAACAUCUACACAGGAGGAGCUGGGAGUGAAGGGAAAGCCUCCUGAUACAUCGCCGCUGUUUCACAUCUUCAGGAAUCAUCCUCAGCGGCAGACUAACUCGGGGGACCACCAGGACCUGCUACCAUGACCCGGGCUGUGGAUGUUGUGCUCACCGCUUUGCUCGCCGCGUCCCUCUCGUGCCGGUGCGCCCUCGCCGGUUACGGGAUCAGCCUGUUCGCGGCGCAGACCUCCCCCCCGGACCCCUGCUACGACGAGCACGGCAACCCGCGGCGCUGCAUCCCGGACUUCGUCAACUCCGCCUUCGGCAAGGAGGUGAAGGUGUCCAGCACCUGCGGCAAGACCCCCAGCCGCUACUGCGUGGUGACCUCCGCGGAGAAAGGGGACGAGAGGACCAGGAACUGUCACACCUGCGACGCGUCGGACCCGAGGAAGUACCAUCCUCCGGCGUACCUCACGGACCUCAACAACCCGCACAACCUCACGUGCUGGCAGUCGGAGAACUUCAUCCAGUACCCGCAGAACGUCACCCUGACUCUGUCCCUGGGGAAGAAGUUCGAGGUGACUUACGUGAGCCUGCAGUUCUGCUCGCCGCGGCCUGAAUCCAUGGUGAUUUAUAAGUCCAUGGACUACGGGAAAACCUGGGUGCCCUUUCAGUUUUACUCCACGCAGUGCCGGAAGAUGUACAACAAACCGAACCGAGCCGCGAUCACCAAGCAGAACGAGCAGGAGGCCGUGUGCACGGACUCCCACACCGACAUGUACCCUCUGACCGGCGGCCUCAUCGCCUUCAGCACGCUGGACGGGAGACCCUCCGCGCACGACUUUGACAACUCCCCGGUGCUGCAGGACUGGGUCACGGCCACCGACAUCAAAGUCAUCUUCAGCCGGUUGCACACGUUCGGGGACGAGAACGAGGACGACUCGGAGCUGGCCCGGGACUCGUACUUCUACGCCGUGUCCGACCUGCAAGUUGGGGGGAGAUGCAAGUGCAACGGCCACGCGUCCCGGUGCGUAAAGGACCGGGACGGGAGUCUGGUGUGCGAGUGCAAACACAACACCGCGGGGCCGGAGUGCGACAGGUGCAAACCUUUCCACUACGACAGACCGUGGCAGAGAGCCACAGCCCGGGAGGCCAACGAGUGCGUGGCCUGCAACUGUAACCUGCACGCGCGGCGCUGUCGUUUCAACAUGGAGCUGUACAAGCUGUCGGGGAGGAAGAGCGGAGGAGUCUGCCUCAACUGUCGCCACAACACAGCCGGGCGCCACUGCCACUACUGCAAGGAGGGCUACUACAGAGACCUGUCCAAACCCAUCUCGCACAGGAAGGCCUGCAAAGCAUGUGAUUGCCAUCCCGUGGGCGCUGCUGGCAAAACCUGUAACCAAACCACAGGACAAUGUCCCUGUAAAGACGGCGUGACCGGUAUCACGUGCAACCGCUGCGCUAAAGGCUACCAGCAGAGCCGCUCGCCCAUUGCCCCCUGCAUAAAGAUUCCCGUUGCACCUCCUACGACCCCGUCCAGCAGUACAGAGGAGCCAUCAGACUGCGACUCUUACUGCAAGGCUUCGAAAGGCAAACUGAAGAUCAACAUGAAGAAGUACUGCAAGAAAGAUUACGCCGUCCAGGUGCACAUCCUGAAGGCGGACAAAGCCGGCGAGUGGUGGAAGUUCACCGUCAACAUCAUCUCCGUGUACAAGCAAGGCGAGAGCCGCAUCCGCCGCGGCGACCAGUUCCUGUGGGUCCGCGCCAAGGACGUGGCCUGCAAGUGUCCCAAGAUCAAGCCGGGGAAGAAGUACCUGCUGCUGGGGAACGACGAGGACUCCCCCGGGCAGAGCGGGGUGGUGGCAGACAAAGGCAGCUUGGUUAUCCAGUGGAGGGACACGUGGGCGCGCAGGCUCAGGAAGUUCCAGCAGCGCGAGAAGAAAGGCAAGUGCAAGAAGCCAUAGACGAUGGGGAGGGGGGAGGGGGGGGGGGGAGAUGGAGAGGAGAGCUGAGCGGGUCGUUUGAAAAAAAAAAAAAAAAAAAAAAAUUGGAAGAGAGGCAGGCGGAGGACCACGGACAGACAAGAGACUGUUUAUGUCGCUGCUUUUUUUUGUGUAGAAGCAUGAAGAGAAUUAUUUAGGAUGUUUUUUUUCUAGUGAACUUUUGUUGAAGGAGCUCACCCUGCAGAUUUGGUGUGAUGGUUUUUAUUUUACUCUGAGAUCUGUCUCUCUCGUGGAUUUUUGCCGAAUUUGCACCUAUUACCAGCAUAUAAAGUUAUCUGUGUUCCUUUUAUCUCCGUAUGACAGCAUUAUAUUUUGUACAUUGUUGAUUUCAUGGACGUUUACUGCUGGUUCUAAAAAUGACACAGAACAAAAAAAAAAAAAAAAAAGCCACUUCUAAGCCGCUGCAGGUUUUUUAACCUGUGUGGGUUUCAGUCACGAGUCCUUCUUUAAGAAUUGUGCCAUAAAACCUUUUUUUUUUUUUUUAUCCACAUGAAUGCACAGCACAUUUAUCGACAUAUUACUUCCAUCAUUUCCCCUUUUUUUUUUUACAAAACCAGGUACAUCUGUGACUCAAGAAACAUAAAACAUGUCGUCCUACAUUUAAGAUUUUUACAAUGGAAGAAUUUCAUGAUGUCAGGAGAGACUUAAAGAUGAAUCUGUCGCUUUACCCCCCCUCCCUGAAUAAUCUCUGGUUUGCUUAAAUAAUCUGUUGGGUCCUUUUUUGUCUUUACUGGUUGGAUUCUACUGGUUCUGUAUUUUCUACAAAGCUGCAUGUGAACGCUUCACAUCUGAUCCUGAUACUUCCAGUUAGCCGACCACUAGUGAUGCUCCAGAUUCUGAAGUUUUAUAUAAAUGAGUUGAUUUGAUUUACGGAGGACAGGCUGCGGUAAAAAUCACAAAUUUUGCAUUUACAAAACCCACAUUUUUACAAAAAUUGGAUUUCCAAAAACGCACUGAUUUACUGAGUUACUGAUAUUUUUUAUUUUCUAUUUAACAAACCCUGCAGGAGCUUUUAACCCUAAAGAAGGAGAAAGGCUAACAUUAUCGAUUUAUUUUUAACAAAAUAAAACCCCAGAACAUCUUUUCUUGGAUCACUAAUAUGCAGAAAAAUAAUAUGGCCUCUUUAGUUUUUUUUUUGUUUUUAAUGAAUUUGAUCCACAUUUAAGUGAGAAUAUUUCCAGGAAAAUUCACAGAAGACAAAAUGUGUUUGGGCUUUUAUUGUGGCGGGUCGUGCUGUGUGGGUGAAAGUACAGCAUGAAGAUGUGCACACAAGAGCAUCAAUUAAGACUUUGGUGUCAAUGUAAACAUUUUUCUUUUCUACCAGCUCGUGAAAAACUAAUAUUUGAAGACGAUAAAUGACGACAGAUGAUUUUUAAGGUGGAAGCCAAAUGUUAAAAAAUAUAAUCCUGAGGACGACGCAGUGCAUGGAAAUGUUAGUCCCUUGCACCUAAAUACAUUUGCCUUAAGUGAUUCAUGUGCUCCAGUACUUCCUUUGGAUCCGCUCUGAGAGAAGGAGUCCACUGAAUUAUGUUAAAACGUCUUAAGGUCCGCCUCUGAGAGCAACGACCUGCAUUUGUGGAGCGGAGGAAGUGCAAGAGUUUCCUUCUGCCUUGUUAACAAAAAUAGAGUUUAGCUCACUGAAUGAUAAUUUUGAUGUCAAUAAAAGAAUAAGAGAUAAAGGUAAAAAAAAAAAAAAAAACCCUGAACAACAAACCGUACAUGUUCUCAAAGGAGGAGGAUGAAAUUUAAAGUUACUUCCUCUCACCUCUUCUUUACUUUUCAAAAUAAAACUACAACACACACAUCUCCUCAGUGUCAUUAGUAGAGACAAUAAAGAAGGUUGUCACCGUCUCUCCUCUUCCCUUGAACCCAGUGGAAAUAUUUUCUUUGCACAGUUUCUGAAUCCAACGUGCUUGCUUUGAGUUAUGUUAAAAUCCACCCCACAGAUUCUUACAUCUUUAGUUUUCAUCGAUGUUUGAAUGCAGAUUGUAAGAGGAGGGAUUAGCAUCGGAAUCAGAAGACGACGAGGAUGUCCUUACCUCAUGUGCUGCAGCGGUGAAUCCGUCAUGAAAAAGCUCACACACUUAUCAUGAGCGUGUGUUUUUCCUGGAAUCCACCUCUUCUCCUUUUCCAUCUCUAUAAAAUCAGAUCCAACGUUCCUAUGAGGGAGCAUUUAAAUACAGUCCCAGUCCACACACACACACACACACACACACACACACACACACUCUUUUGCAAACACAAUGCAUGACUGUACAUUCUCUUUAAAGAAGGGACACUCAGGAGCUGCAGUGUCCCUUUGACCUGUCACAUUCAUUCUCUUCACCUCCACACUCGCACAGGGACAAACGGGCUGAAUUGCAAUCGCUUGGUGCUGCUCGAUUCAAAUCACAUCGCUCGUUUUUAUUUUAUUUAGUGUGCAGUUUCAGUUUGGAUUCCUUUGGAGGGAUGCAUGUAGAAAAACACAGCUCAGGUUUGUAAAAAUCAAUAAAUGGGGACUCCUUUCAGUCCAUGUUAACACACACGUGUUCGAUGUUCUAGAGGAUUUUAUUCAGUAUGAGUGAUAGUAACUCGAAAGGUAUUUUUUUAACAAAUGGUUUUCAUCUAGUGGAUCUCUACGGAAGCCCUGACUGGACAUACAUCGGUACAUUUCAUUAAGCUCUGUGUUCCCGUGAAAACAAUUUCUAGAAAUCUCAACGAGGGCCGUCAAACGAUUCCUCACGAUCAAACGCUAAAAUUCAAAAGUUAAUUGCAAUUAAUUAAAUUUAUUAUUGUGAACUUACAUUACUUUGCAUUUCAAAAACUGUUUUUGUCAUGCUUUUAUUUUGUAUUUUUAAGCUAAGAGUACUGUACUUCCUGUUAAGAUAACAACCUGCUUUUAUUUUGGAAGAAAAUAAUAAAUGUUUGGAUGCAUGACCCUUUAGGGCUUCCUUACAACUUCCUUCAUUUAAAUGAAAAUAAUUUCUGAUUCUCUUUGACCUGAAAGCCUCAUGGAUCGAUUUCACCAGAGUUCAACUGUAAAAAAAAAAAAAAAGAAGAUAAUCUGUGUAGGGUUAGACGACGUCCAUAAGAAUGUUACAUGCUCCGCCAGCAUCACUGAUGACAUCAUUGUACACACUAUGAUCACAUGUUCCUGCCUUCAUGUCUCACUCCGCACCACAACUGUCCAUGUCAGUGUUUCUGUUUGGCUCAAAGUCGUCUGUAACCUUUAGAGUCCGUGGAGCCUCAUGCUGUAAAUUUGACAUCCUGUGUCCUGAGCGAUGGUUUGACGAGCUUCCUGAUGAACCGCCACACACACACAGACACACACACACACACACACACAGACACACACACAGACACACCUGUCAAAGCGUGUUGCUUUGUGUUCAUACUAUGAAUUGUAAAUGUUGUUUAGUUGUCACCAUUGCCAAGACUUUUUGCAAUGUUGUUUUACAAUGCGUACUAAUAUAUUAUGGUUAUUAUAUAUGAAUAUAUUUAAUGACACAAGACAUUGUGGAUUUUAUUGUCUUUUUUUCCAACUCUAUUUUUUUUUUUUUGUAUUUUGUUUGUGCUCGUUUUAGAUUGUUGCCAUUAAAGAAGGAAAUAACUACUGAACACACCAACCUGGUAGAACUAAAUUCAGAUUUUCAGUUCAAAUAAACUCUUGUUACAUUCAAAA